AUGGCUUCUCCUCAGUACACCACGCGCACCUUUACGCUCAACACGGGGGCCAAGAUGCCCGCCGUCGGGCUCGGCACGUGGCGCUCGGCGCCCAACGAGGUGCAGACGGCCGUCGAGGCGGCCCUGCGCGCGGGCUACCGGCACAUCGACACGGCGGCGGCGUACGGCAACGAGGCCGAGGUGGGCGCCGGCAUCAAGGCCUCGGGCGUGCCCCGCGCCGACAUCUGGCUCACGACCAAGCUCGACAACCCGGAGCACAAGGACGCGGCGGGCGCGCUGGACCGCAGCCUCGCCCGCCUGGGCACCGACUACGUCGACCUCUACCUCAUGCACUGGCCCAGCUCCACGGACCCCACGGACCUCAAGAAGCACCACCCGGACUGGGACUUCCGCGACACCUGGCGCGAGAUGCAGAAGCUCGUCGAGACGGGCAAGGUUCGCAACAUUGGCGUGUCCAACUUUGAGACGAUUAACAUGGAGAAGCUGCUGAGCGACCCCAACUGCAAGAUCGUCCCCGCCGUCAACCAGAUCGAGCUGCACCCCGGCUACCCCUCGCCCAAGGUCGUCGCCUUCAACACCAGCAAGGGCAUCCACAGCACGGGCUACUCGUGCCUGGGGUCGCAGGACUCGCCCUUCUACAAGGACGCGACGCUGCUCAAGAUCGCCGAGGCCCGCGGCAAGACCCCGCAGCAGGUGCUGCUCGUCUGGGGCCUGACCAAGGGCUGGAGCGUCAUCCCCAAGAGCGUCACGCCGUCGCGCGUCCAGGCCAACUUCCAGAUCGACGGCCUCGAGCUGUCCGCCGAGGACAUCAAGGCCAUUGACGGCAUCGCCGACAGCCUCGGCGAGUACAAGGUCUGCGACGACGAGUGGUUGCCCAUCCGCGUCUUUGACAAGAAGCUCAUGAACUGA